AUGCCACCCGGCCUGCUCCCAGCGCCCGACACCGAUCCGCCGCCCGCGUGGGACGCCCUGGCUCCCAGCGCCCGACACCGAUCCGCCGCCCGCGUGGGACGCCCUGGCUCCCAGCGCCCGACACCGAUCCGCCGCCCGCGUGGGACGCCCCGGCUUCCAGCGCCCGACACCGAUCCGCUGCCCGCGUGGGACGCCCCGGCUCCCAGCGCCCGACACCGAUCCGCCGCCCGCGUGGGAUGCCCCGGCUCCCAGCGCCCGACACCUCGCCGCCGCCCGCGUCUGACGCCCCGGCUCCCAGCGCCCGACACCGAUCCGCCGUCCGCGUGGGAGGCCCCGGCUUCCAGCGACAGCACCGAUCCUCCGCCCGCGUGGGACGCCCCGGCUUCCAGCGCCCGACACCGAUCCGCCACCCCCGUGGGACGCCCCGGCUCCCAGCGCCCGACCCCGAUCCGCCGCCCGCGUGGGACGCCCCGGCUUCCAGCGCCCGACACCGAUCCGCCGCCCGCGUGGGACGCCCCGGCUUCCAGCGCCCGACACGGAUCCGCCGCCCGCGUGGGACGCCCCGGCUUCCAGCGACGGCACCGAUCCGCCGCCCGCGUGGGACGCCCCGGCUUCCAGCGCCCGACACCGAUCCGCCGCCCGCGUGGGACGCCCCGGCUUCCAGCGACGGCACCGAUCCACCGCCCGCGUGGGACGCCCCGGCUUCCAGCGCCCGACACCAAUCCGCCGCCCGCGUGGGACGCCCCGGCUUUCAGCGCCCGACACCGAUCCGCCGCCCGUGUGGGACGCCCCGGCUUCCAGCACCCGACACCGAUCCGCCUGCGUGGGACGCCCCGGCUUCCAGCGCCCGACACCGAUCCGCCGCCCGCGUGGGACGCCCCGGCUCCCAGCGCCCGACACCGAUCCGCCGCCCGCGUGGGACGCCCCGGCUCCCAGCGCCCGACACCGAUCCGCCGCCCGCGUGGGACGCCCCGGCUUCCAGCGCCCGACACGGAUCCGCCGCCCGCGUGGGACGCCCCGGCUUCCAGCGCCCGACACCGAUCCGCCGCCCGCGUGGGACGCCCUGGCUUUCAGCGCCCGACACCGAUCCGCCGCCCACGUGGGACGCCCCGGCUUCCAGCGACGGCACCGAUCUGCCGCCCGCGUGGGACGCCCCGGCUUCCAGCGUCUGACACCGAUCCGCCCACGUGGGACGCUCCGGCUCUCGGCACCGAACACCAAUCCGCCCGCGUGGGAGGCCCCAGCUUCCAGCGCCAGACACUAAUCCACCUGCGUGGGACGUUCCGGCUCCCGGCGCCAGACACCAAUCCGCCCGCGUGGGACGCCCCGGCUCCCAGCACUGAACACCGAUCCGCCCACGUGCGAGGCCCCAGCUUCCAGCGCCAGACUCCGAUCCGCCUGCGUGGGACGCCCCGGCUCCCAGCGCCAGACACCGAUCUGCCCUCCGCAUGGGACACUCUGGCUCUCGGCACUGAACACCGAUCCGCCUGCGUGGGAUGUCCCGGCUCUUGGCACCAGACACCAAUCCCCCCGCGUGGGACGCCCUGGCUCUCUGCACCAGAUACCGAUCCACCCCCUGCGUGA